UCUACUUAUUUUAAAAUUUGGUGUAAUUUGAAUAUUUUCACCUCCUGGGAGGGGUAUGAAAUAAAACAGAUCCUGUCGUGUCUUUGUGGGGAUGGUCAUGGCUUGCACCCAGGAAACAGGCAAAGGAAAGUGGAAAUGAGAGUCUUGUUUCUUCUUUCCACUUGUUUAUUUAAAACACUCACGUAGCUCUCACUUUGUUUGCCAGGCAGUGUUCGGGGUUCUUUAUAAAUAUUAACUCGGAGCAAAUAUUAACUCAGAGUUCUUGGCCAGGGUUGAAUUAAUUUUGCUUUUCUCCACUUCCGGAGCGGGGGUGGGAAGGGGGGGCCAGGGAGAAGAAAAACGCUCUGUCGCUUUAAGGUCGGCUACAGCCAACCCCUCCCCCGGCCAGCCGCAGACCCUUCCCCAGGCGGAAGUCAGGCUCCGCCAGCCGACUCCACCCCGGCUCCGCCCCGCGACAAUCAAAGCCCUGAACCCUGUGAAUCGGAGACCCGGCUGCUAAGCAACGGCAAAGGGCGGGAAGUUUGAACGUUUAAGGAGCGCCCUCAUGGAAGAUAAACCAAUCAGCGCCCAGAUCCGUCAUCUCUUCCCCGCCUCCUUUGCGCCUUCGUCGAAUCGCUACAUAGCAUCUGGAUCGCUCUGACCAAUAGCUAUGAAGAGGGCGGGACGUGAGCGCGCGCUCAUCCCGCCUUCGCACCGGCGCGGCUUCCCGCCUGCUUUGGCGGGUUGUCCUGAGGUGGGACGGGUCUCGAGCUUCUCUCUCAGCCCGGGUGACGGAAAAGGCGGGGAAAACGCCGCGAGAGCCUUCAAGUCCAUGGCUUCCUUCGGAGCAUCCCCAGGCGGGACUCCUCAGGCCCCGGGCCCGGGACCGAGGUCGGCCUCAGCCGGCUUCCCUACCCCGGCGCCGGGGCCUGAGGAAAUCAGAGAAAUCCAAGAGGAGGACGAAGACGAGGAGCCGGCCGAGAUCCAUCUGUGUGUGCUGUGGAAUUCAGGCUAUCUGGGCAUUGCCUACUAUGACACUAGUGAUUCUGUUAUCCACUUUAUGCCAGAUGCCCCCGACCAUGAGAGCCUCAAGCUUCUCCAACGAGUUCUGGAUGAAAUCAAUCCCCAGUCUAUUGUUACGAGCGCAAAACAGGAUGAGAAUAUGACUCAGUUUCUAGGAAAGCUUGCCUUGGAGGAGGAGAGAGAGCCAAAGAGACCUGAAGUCGUAUAUUUGCCAAGUGUGGAUUUUGGUCUAGAGAUAAGCAAACAACGUCUUCUUUCUGGAAACUACUCGUUCAUCCCAGAGUCUAUGACUGCCACUGAGAAAAUCCUCUUCCUCUCCUCAAUUAUUCCUUUUGAAUGUCUCCUCCUGGUGAGCUGGAUCCUAGGACAUUUACCCCUGCUGAAUAAAUAGGGGAUUUAUCCAGUGCUUAUCCCCUCCCAGGUUCGGGCUCUUGGAGGAUUGCUCAAGUUCUUGGGUCGAAGAAGAAUUGGGAUUGAGCUAGAAGACUAUAAUGUCAGCGUCCCCAUCCUGGGCUUUAAGAAAUUUGUGUUGACGCAUCUGGUGAGCAUAGAUCAAGACACUUACAGUGUUCUACAGAUUUUUAAGAGUGAGUCUCACCCCUCAGUGUACAAAGUGGCCAGUGGACUGAAGGAGGGGCUCAGCCUCUUUGGAAUCCUCAACAGAUGUCGCUGUAAGUGGGGAGAAAAGCUGCUCAGGCUAUGGUUCACACGUCCAACACAGGACCUGGGGGAGCUCAAUUCACGUCUAGAUGUUAUCCAGUUUUUUCUGCUGCCCCAGAAUCUGGACAUGGCUCAGAUGCUGCACCGGCUCAUGAGUCACAUCAAGAACGUGCCUCUUAUUCUGAAACGCAUGAAGCUGUCCCACACCAAGGUCAGUGACUGGCAGGCUCUGUAUAAGACGGUGUACAGCGCCCUGGGUUUGCGAGAUGCCUGCCGCUCCCUGCCCCAGUGCAUCCAGCUUUUCCGGGACAUUGCCCAAGAGUUCUCCGAUGAUCUACACCACAUCGCCAGCCUCAUCGGCAAAGUGGUGGACUUCGAGGGCAGUCUUGCUGAAAAUCGCUUCACCAUCCUUCCCAACAUAGAUCCUGAAAUUGAUGAGAAAAAACGAAGGCUGAUGGGUCUUCCCAGUUUCCUCACUGAAGUUGCUCGGAAAGAGCUGGAGAAUCUGGACGCCCGCAUCCCUUCGUGCAGCGUCAUCUACAUCCCCCUGAUUGGCUUCCUCCUUUCUAUUUCCCGCCUGCCAUCUAUGGCGGAAGCCAGCGACUUUGAGAUUGAGGGAAUGGACUUUAUGUUCCUCUCGGAGGAGAAGCUGCAUUAUCGGAGCGCUCGAACCAAGGAGUUGGAUGCGUUGCUGGGGGACCUGUACUGCGAGAUCCGGGACCAGGAGACCCUGCUAAUGCACCAGCUGCAGUGCCAGGUGCUGGCACGGGCAGCUGCCUUGACUCCAGUCUUGGACCUUGCUGCCCGCCUGGAUGUCCUGCUGGCUCUUGCCAGUGCUGCCCGGGACUAUGGCUACUCCAGGCCCCGCUAUUCCUCCCAGCUCCAGGGAGUAAGAAUCCAGAAGGGCAGACACCCCCUCAUGGAACUGUGUGCAAGAACCUUUGUGCCCAACUCCACAGAAUGUGCUGGGGACAAAGGGAGGGUCAAAGUCAUCACUGGACCCAAUUCCUCAGGGAAAAGCAUAUAUCUCAAACAGGUUGGCUUGAUCACCUUCAUGGCCCUAGUGGGCAGUUUUGUGCCAGCAGAGGAGGCAGAAAUUGGGACAGUGGAUGCCAUCUUCACCAGGAUUCAUAGCUGUGAAUCCAUUUCCCUUGGCCUCUCAACCUUUAUGAUUGAUCUCAACCAGGUGGCGAAAGCAGUGAAUAACGCCACCGAGCAGUCUCUGGUCCUUAUUGAUGAAUUUGGGAAGGGAACCAACACGGUGGAUGGACUGGCACUUCUGGCUUCGGUGCUUCGACAUUGGUUGGCGCUUGGACCCACGUGCCCCCACAUUUUUGUGGCCACCAACUUCCUGAGCCUUGUUCAGCUACAGCUACUACCUCAGGGACCCCUGGUACACUAUUUGACCAUGGAGACCUGUGAAGAUGGGGACGACCUCGUCUUCUUCUACCAGCUUUGCGAAGGGGUUGCCAGAGCCAGCCAUGCCUCGCACACCGCUGCCCAGGCUGGCCUGCCAGACAAGCUCAUCGCUCGUGCCAAAGAGGUCUCAGACUUGAUCCGCAGUGGAAAACCUAUCCAGCCCGUCAGGGAGUUGCUCAAGGAGAACCAAAUGGAAAAGUGCCAGGAAUUAGUGGAGAAGUUCCUGGAACUGGAUUUAGAAGAUCCCAGCCUGGACCUGGACAUCUUCAUGAGACAGGAAGUGCUGCCAGCUGCCACCAGCAUCCUCUGAGAGUGCUUCUGCCCUCCCAACUCCCUGAGACCCAGAGCCUGCGGGCCCUCUGUUUCCUUAUGCCCUUCAGACCCAGAGUCCUCCAUUUGCCUAGAAAAUUUGUUUCAUAGCAAGAAUAAAGGAGGUUUUUAUGGAUGAAGUUAUUGUUUCCUUAAGCUAUCCAAAAUGGGACAAGAAAAAAUAAUAAACAUCAA